GAUCUGCCAAUCAAUCUGAGCAGACGAUGUAAAGGUUUCUUUUUUGGUUUGGUUUGUUUUUUAAUAUAAAGCGAUGCUGGCGUGGCUGUUUGAUCUUAAAACGAUUAGAACCUGCAGCAUUACCCCCCAAAUCGUGAGUGGUAUUAAACGUCUGCAAUUAGCGACAUAACAAAACAUUUUAGAAAGAUAAUGUGGUGUGUGGCAUUUAGAUAGUAAGUGCAAGGCGGUGCAACCACAGAGCCCGAGCGCUCUUGCCAUCAAGCCGUGCUGUGACUGAGACUGGAGUAUGGCAGGAUGAAGGAAAGGAUAUUAUUAUAAUCAUCGCCUCAGAAAGAUUCCAAUAACACGUCAACAAGCGAGAGACAAAGCUAUCAUCCAUGGCUGACCAAAAAGACACAGAAGAAGGUUCUCUCUUGCCUGGGGCAGGUGGGAAACAACAGAAAAAAAUGCCAGACUGGAGUCGUUUUGGUUUAAGUCGUGAACAGCAGGCACAGUCACAGAAACAUUAUGCAGCCACCGAUCAGACUGAUGACAUAGGGCAACACAACGAGCUGUUCAGGGAAGACCAGAUGCUGCAACAAGUACCAUGGUGGAAGGCCAACUUUUUCAUCUCACAGCCUGUCUUGUUUGGCACAUGGGAUGGUGUCUUUACAUCUUGUCUUAUUAAUAUACUCAGUGUUGUCAUCUUCCUUCGCAUGGGAUGGAUAGUUGGGAAUGCCGGGAUUGGGUUGUCCAUUCUGACUGUGCUAAUGUCGAUGUCCAUUAUUCUUAUCACUGCACUGAGUGCUAUUGGACUGUGUGAGCGAUGCCAUGUGGACAGUGGUGGCGUAUACUUCCUUAUUGCUCAUAUUCUUGGCGCUCGUAUUGGAGGUAGCAUUGGAGUUCUCUACUGCUUUGCACAGGCUGUUGGCUGUUCAUUGAGUGUAUUGGGUUUUGGUGAGUCAAUUAUGACCUUGCUGGGACAAAGCAACCCAUGGAUUGCUCGUGGAAUUGCCUUUGGUGUUGUGAUUCUGCUGCUAGGCAUCAAUGUGGCAGGAGUGAAAUGGGUCAUCCGUCUCCAGUUGAUUCUCUUACUGGUUUUGUUCCUUUCAGCCAUGGACCUGGUUGUGGGAUCAUUUGUGCACACAGAGCCUGAAAGUGGGUUCAUUGGUUACAAGGAGGUGAACUUUGUGAACAAUUCAGGCCCAGACUUCAUUGAUGGAGAGAAUUUUUUCACAAUUUUUGGACUCUUCUUCGCCACAGUCACAGGAAUUUUGGCUGGCAUUAACAUGUCUGGAGACCUCCGUGAUCCAUUUCACAAUAUUCCACAUGGCACCCUUGCUGCCCUGGGAGCUGGAACAAGUCUGUACAUAAUCAUUAUCUUUGUGCUGGGAGCAACUUGUGUUCGAACAUUUCUUCUGAAUGACUACAUGAUUGCAGAGAAGGUGUCAAUAACAGGUGUUUUGUGGUUAGCUGGUCUCUACUUGUCAUCAGUGUCUUCAUGCAUGGGCAGUCUUUAUGGACCACCUCGGAUCCUUCAGUCUAUUGCCAAUGAAAAUGUCAUACCUGUUGUUCGUUUCUUGGGGCAUGGCCGUGGGCCUAACAAGGUUCCUGUUUAUGCUUUGGUGGUCAUUACAUUGGUAGGACUCCUCUUUAUCUGUAUUGGUGAUGUCAACUCCCUGGCACCUGUAGUAACAACAGCCUUUCUGUUGACAUAUGCUGCUGUUGACUAUUCUUACUUUGCACUAGCAAUGUCCUAUGACAAACGCCAGGAACGAGAGGCCCGGUUUUUGGUAAAAACAAAAGCAGAGCCCAGUGACACAGUUAUAGAGGAGAAAAUCCCACAUUCUGAUCCUGUUGCUGGGGUUCUUCAUGGCACGACAAUAGACAUCUCCACCCAUAAGGACUCAUUUGAAAAAUUGGCAGUGGACUUGGACAAGCUGUUUCCUGAACGACUGGCACAACGUGGACAGCAUCAUCUUGUGCGACAGAACUCCGUCACUAACAGUGCUGCCACAACACCAGAUGCUGACUUUGAUGCCACCAAGCGACGCAUGUCAGCUGUUGAAGACGCUUCAACAGAAAAUCUCAAUGAUGCCUCACAGCUUCUGGGAACAAAGAAGACUCCCAACACAGAGAUUACUAAACAGCCACGUUCAUGGUACUCAGUACUAUGCAAUAGGUGGCUCUCCCUUAUUGGGGUGAUUCUGUCGUUUGUAAUUAUGUUUGCAAUCCAGUGGAUCUACUCUCUGAUAGAACUAGCAGUCUUCUUCAUCAUCUACUUCUACAUUGGCAGAGCUAGCCCUGGCUAUUUCCCUGGUAUAGCAGAAUUCAACUUGUAUGACUGGCUGAAAGACUGCUGUCGCUUUUGCUGUGGGCAUGGAGGGUCCCACGAAGAGCAGAUUGUUGUGGCACCUAGCACGCCAGCUGUGCAAACACUAGCAGCCCAGCUGACAGAAGACAACGAGGACUUUGCAAACAGGGGGCGCUAUCACCAGUCAGAAGUUAUGCAGGGAGAUAAUUUUGAUGACUACACCAGUGAUUAAGUUUGUUUCCUGCGCUGUUGUUGAAUGAAAAGUUAUUGGCAUAUGCAGUUAAAAUUUAUGCCUACCCACCACAGAAAACCACUUAAAAAGUUAUGAAGUGUGUGACAAAUAUAUUUAUCUGGCUUAAGAGUUCAAAGACUUCAUUUCACAAUUACUGAUAAUUUUAUCAGUUUUCUUGUUUCAAAUGAUUGCAUGGGCUUUUCUUCCUGCAUAUAUUUUAUACUUAUCUGUGCCCUUCAAUUUUUAUUUUUAAAACAUCAUGGGUAUUUAGUUGUCAUAGAACUGCAUCUUAUAAAUAUAAAAUUACAUCAUAACAGUUCACUAUAUUUGAAUCUCAGACAGUAAAGAUUUAACUCACGAAAAAAUCUUCUGAAAACCAGUGUAAACAAAAUAAAUAUAUGAUUGAUUAGAUCAGUUAACAGAAACUAGCAAAGCAUGCAUCAUACGAAAGAUAUUAUGCAGGGUAAUAAAGGCAGCUAUAGAAACAUCCCUUAUUGAAAUGAAAUAAUUAUAGUCACUGUCACUAACUUGUUUAAGACAACUUCCUUUUAAUAAACAUCAGUGUCUUGCAGCCAAAGCACCUGCUGUGCACCAAGUAGACAAUAUGCUCAUUGCACAAUCUCAAUGGACGAUGUAUAAUGUGUUCAGGUCAUGUAAUGAGCAUGACUUGUGAGCAAUCCUGAGGAGGAGGACCAAUUGAAAAAUGCAGUCAUUUUUUUUUUUCAAAUGAAACUACCUUUAGUAAUUACUUGGUUCUGCCCAGUCAUCCUGUGCUUAUAAUAUGUUGUUUUCUGCAUAAUAUAUAUAUGCUGAGGGGGCUGUUUAGAUAAUAGAACAUGAAGAUUAGUGAUAGUAUCUCAUUAUCAGUUUAGUGUCAUACAUAUAAUCCUCUUAGCUCUCAUAACUACUGAAAGAGAUGUCCAAUGAUUUACAUAUAAAGAUAUCUUUAAAUGAAAGUAAAUCUUCCUGCAUUGUUGAGCAUUUAAUUAUGUAGCGGAUAUCAGUAUAGAGACACCCUAUAGAUGUCUUAAUUAUUCUUUUUGAAUGUUGCCAACAAAACCUCACACACCUAAAACUGCUCUAACUUGCACUUAUGGAGGUUAUAGUCAUAUUGAUGCAAGACCUAAAUAAGUACCAGAAGUGCUGUUGCAGCUGUCUCAAGUGUGGAUAUUACACAUUAAAAAAUGGUGGAAGUAUGUCUCUUUAGAUUCCAAAACUUACACAAAUGACUGACUUGGGAGGAUUUUUUCCAAACUCUGAAAUUAUGAACUGUUUCUGGAGUGUAAGGCUUGGCUUGUCACACUUGUAAAGAUUUAUCUUUCAAGGACCUUGCUUAAAAUUUUCCACAUUAUGGCUGUUUUUUUAACAAAAAGCACAAUAUUUAUUUGUGGAUAUCUGCUAUCAGAUCAGAAUGCAAUACAUGUAGCUGCUUUCAGAUUUAAAACCUCGUUUUUUCCGCACCUCCUAGUCUAUCACAUUUUCAGACAUUGGGUAAAGCUUAGUAAUUAUUGUCUUCUACUCAGCAGGCAUCGUGUUCUUCCAAAAGCCUUGGAGUGCAUGUACGUACUUGUUGCAGAAUCUUGUCUUACGAUUCUUUUUAUUAAAGCUUUUAUGAUGUGUUAAUAUAUUCAUUUAAAUCUGUUAUGCAUCUAUAAUAUUAUUUCAUUGAAUUUUCAAUGGUUUCCACACAGUUACUUUUUUUUAAUUUCCGCCACUUUAACCUCAGGUUAUUUUGACAAGCAUUGUGUUCAUUUGUUACUAGUAUCAGCCAAACCAUGGAGCCUAUGACAGGGUGGAAACAUACAACACAUAAUGAAGUCAUAACUUAGCAUGUGAUGAAUUUGAUAACUUUCACUAUGAUAUCCUUCUCCAGCACUUUCUUGAUACUUUUGGUCCCUCUUGUGCUGUUUUAAACUGGUCCUACCUGACUGACCCCACCUAGUCUGUGGUAGAUGAAAGCACUAUCUUCCAUUAGUUUGAAGUAUGGGUGCCACAGCAAUCUAUUCUCUGGUCUCUUUUAUUUGCAAUAUACAUUCAACCACUUGGUCCCAAUAUCCACCACUUGGGCCUUCAGUAUUACUUGUAUGCUGAUGAUACACAGUGUAGCAUUUGAACUUGCUUAUCAGCAUCUACAGGUCAGUACCACCACAAAAUAAGCAGUAGAUUAUGUGAAAGCCUGGAUGGAUGUGCAUCAACAAACAGAAAACGAAUGAGGACAAAACCGAGGUCAUUCUAACAGCCUCUCCAAGUAAACUGAGAUCCGGACCAUAACAUACUACUAUUAAUUUCUCUGAAAUAAACAUCUCUCCCAGAUCGUCAGAAAUCUCAGGGCAUUAUAGUUUCAUGAAUCUCACAUUAAUGCUAUCUGCAAGUUCAUCUUCCUUUUGUUUUGCAGGAUCAUAUUUGACCCUUUCUGUUAGUUUCUACCACCAAAAAAGCUUGUCAGUUUUCGUACUGCCCCAGCUAGAUUACUGCAACUCUCUGCUUGUCACCAUUCCUUAUGAAAAAACUUCAGAGGGAUCAGAAUGAUCCUGUUCAUCAUGUCUUCAGUAUGCUACACACCUCCUCUACAAGUUCCACUGCCUGCCAGUUUGAGCUUGCAUUGAUUACAACAUCACCAUAAUGUGUUACUGUUGUCUGCAUGGCCUUGCUCUGGCAUAGCCUUUCGAGCUGCUGACGCCUUACCACCAAAGUCUGUCUGUGUUCUGUUUGUUUUGCCCUCCUUUCUGUGCCAAACAUCAGACAAGAGAAAUUUGGCAAAUGCUUUUUUUUCUCUGGGUCCACCCUUUGAAAUUCUCUAAUGCUUUUUCCUCGAAGUGUGUAAACAUUCAAAGUUUUCAAUUCUGGCCUCAAGACACACCUCUUGAAGAAAAAUAGAUUUUUUUUUCUGCUCACUCCUCAGUUUUAUUUUGUCUAAAUUCAUGGAUUCUGUUCAUGUUUGCCAAUGAGUUAUCUCUUUGCUGAUGUUUGUUUGUCUUUGUUGUAUGGUGACUCAGUUUGUAGUCUUAAAUAUGCAGUUCUCUGAGCUUGCCUCCAUGUGUGGAAAUAUUACAGAUUCAUUUACUGUUAUUUUUAUGAUAACUCACCUUCACACAAUGCUUGACUGCUGGCAAGUUCUACAGACCAGCCAUUUCAAACUGCAAAUUUUCCCAGGUAUAUACUGUCAAUCUCUGCAGUGAUGAUGACAGUGACUCAACCUUUUGAUUAUUGUCUGCUAUUAUUUAAAAUAGUUGUGACAUCCUGAAUCUGUCACCUUAAUUGUUAUGGCUGUGACAUAGCCAUCAUAAUUGUAAUGGAUAUGUCAAGUGUUUAGUAAUUGUGAUCUGGUCAUUUAAUAGCUCUUGGCAUUAAUGGCCCUUUAGAAUUUAUGAUGUUAGCUUACUGUUAUGUGAGGGUGUUAUUGUUUUUAAUCAGUAUUUUUGUAACUUCUAUGUUUUGUAAGAUUUGUCGUGUCUGAAGAAUGUUUUAUGAUUAUAACUGUGACCUCUUAAAAUUUGUAGCAGUAACUUGCGUGUUAACUAAAUUUGUGGUGUUGACAAGUCAUGUUACAUAACCACUAUGAAUGUAUGCACAUGUCAUUCAAUUUUAUGUAACUCCUUACAAAGUAUACAGUUUACCAUAAAAAAAUAUUAUGUCAGCUAUAGUUGAUUCCAAAUUGUUUAUCAAAUGAUGUCUGCCACCAAAGCAUGUUCUGUCAGCUCAGUUUUAACCUAUUAAGCUUUCUUCUCAGAAUCCUGUUUGACAGGGUAUUUCACUCAACAAUCAUUUUGAACAGAGUCUAUAUACUGAACAGGUCUUGGUUAUCCAUUGGUUAACAGCAUGGUUAUCCAUUGUGUAGUAUUAAGUAAACAUUAACAGUGGAUUUCCCCCACACACACACACAAACAUCUCCCAUCAAACUAACACAUAUAACCAAGGUUUGAUUAUCAGCCGGUGCAAUUGAUGUUUACUGUCAGUGGUUUUUGUGUGUGUGUGCACCCAAACAUGUGUGUGUACAUGCACAUGCCUCUGUGUAUGUGCACACACAUACAUGUGCUUGUUCAUGCAGUUGCAAAUGUUUCCGUUCAAAAAUGUCAUUUGUUUGCAUGCCACAGCUGACUUGUGAUAUUUUAAUUAAAGUGAGAAAAUCUUAGUUUUACUUUAUUAUGUAUGCAUUUAAAAUAAGGAUUUUUUUUCCUCUAAACUUAAAUCUUGCUUUAAUCUUAAAUUUUGGUUUCAAAUUAUUUUGAAUUAAUGUGAUGGUGUGAUCAGUCUAAUCAUUGCGAUCUUAUCAAAUGCUUCUAUUGCAAACAAGCAGAAUGUGCAUUUUGUUUCAGAUAAAUCAAAAACUGCCAAAAUGCUUGAACAUGAAUCUUGCUAGCAUAUGAAAAAAAUCUUGAAAAUCUUAAAUAAGCUGCGUGAGAAGUAAAUAGGACCUCUGUUGCAGAUGAAAUGGCAAACAUUUUUGUGAAAUGGGUAUGUACUUAAAAUGUUUUUGUGAACAAACACUAUAAAGAAAAAAAACUUUAAAAUAUUACACAGUAUGUCUUGAUGUGUAUGUUGAUUGUGCUGUUUGAUAGCUAGACCAAGCUUACUUCUGUAAAAGGAAUUUUUUUGUGUGUGUGAUGGUCAGAUUGUUAGUCUGUGAUAUUCCUCCUGAAUGCUGGGCCCCUUCAAAGUUUCCAGAACUUACUGCGCAACUGCAGGCUAGCAAUAAACUGAUUAGUCUGUUUUCAAUAUGCCAGUUAAAUCAACAAAAGAUAAUUUGAUCAAGAUGACCUUUCAUGUUAGCAUUUCAUUAAUUUACGUGAAAAGAACUUAAUUUUCUAUCUUAAUUUGGAGUAGUGAACUUGGUUUUUGUGACAUCAAAGGUAAGUGUUUUUCUGCCAAAGUAUAAUAAGAGGCAUACAGCAGAUAUGUCAGCAAUAUUCAUGCCUUGGGUUGUUAAGGUUACCAUGAUUUCUCCACUUUCCACAUCAAUAGAAGAUCUGCUUGACUCCAGGUUUGAUUCUUUUGGUAGUCAGAUAAACUGUACUUCUUCCUUAUCUCUGACUACCUGUAAAUGCAUGAGACUUGCACAGAUAAUUGUUGUCUGUGGUUGCAAUUAGUAACUCACAAAAAAUGUCCCAGCUUGUCGAUGUGCAAGCUUUUUUCAGUUACAGUUAAUGUCUGUAUAUUGAGAAAACUAACCAUACCAGACAUUAGCCAAUAAUGACUAAAGAAUGAUUUUAAAAAAUUAGUUAUUGAGAUGUGAAUGACAUCUUAAUAUCCUACUGUAAAUGACAUUAUGACAUAUAUCUCAGGCUGUACCUUAAUCACAUGAGUCUUGGUGUCACUUGCCUGCAGUUAAGCCUUGUUCUGGACUGAGGGGCUCUGCUCCAUGAAAUAAAAAAAUAUUUACUCUUUGUUGUUGUUAAGACAGGCAAGCUGUUAUACUGUUUAGACUUAAAUGAAUAUGUAAAAAAAAAUGUAUACUUAUA